AUGGUGCAGGAGGUAUUUAGAACUAAUCCGUCUACUGAUGUGCGCCUUCUACUUAUUGGAAAGAGAGGAAAAGAUGGAAGACGAUACAACUUGCCAUCAAUUGAUGAAAUAGCAGGUUUGGUUGUGGGAGACUUUGAUGCAAAUAGACAAGAGAGAGAUAUCAUUAUUGAAACUAAAUCAGGAGAACUUCAAAGAAUAUCAGAACUAAAUCCAUCAUACUUGAGAUUACAAUACCCUUUAUUAUUUUCGUACGGGAAAGAUGGAUGGAGAGAAAAAAUUCUCUUGAAUCAUAUAAAACCAAAUGCUAACAAUGAAGAGUCAUUUGUUAGCAUGAGAGAUUUUUUUGCAUUUAGAAUUCAACACAAACCUUGGCGUGAAGGUGUUUUGUUAUAUUCUAAAAGACUCUUUCAACAAUUCUCGGUUGAUGCGUUUUCAAUGAUUGAAGCUGCCAGACUAAAAUAUGUAUACUCAAAACAAAAGCAGUACAGAGCUGAAAUUUAUAAAGGCUUAAAAGAUGCAGUGCUUAAUGGUGAAACUGAAGCCUCUUCACUGGGAAAACGCAUCAUACUACCAGCAACGUUCACAUGA